AUGGCGUCUGGAUAUUUGUUCACUUUCUUUCUUUUACUAAGUCAUAACGUGUUGUUGCAUUGCGCUUCCGCUGCGGUUCACAGUCACGGCGUGGAUAAUAAUCUAGAACGAGAAUCGGACGGUAGCUACCGUUCAAGGGAUUAUGAUCACUACAGCGACGCCGGCCACAACUCGGAGUUCGACCAUGAAGCCAUUUUAGGCAGUGUGAAAGAGGCAGAGGAAUAUGACAAACUCAGUCCAGAGGAGUCAAAGCAGCGGCUGUCACUUCUGCUGCCGAAGAUGGACCUCAAUGGGGACCAGUACAUUGACAGAAAAGAGUUGAAAGUGUGGAUCUUAAAUUCAUUUAUUAACUUAUCUCGUGAAGAAGCUGAGGAACGCAUGGCAGAAGUAGAUGACAACCGUGAUGGACUGGUCUCAUGGCCAGAGUACCUUCAGGAUGCAUUUGGUGUUGAUGCUGAGGAGGAAAUAAACCCUGAAGACACAGGAGAUUCGGGAAUGGUAGGGCUGUUACAAGAAGAGAAACAAAUGUUUAAAGCAGCUGAUGUCAAUGGAGAUGGAUCAUUGGACCUUUUUGAAUUUGAGGUAUUCACGAAUCCCGAGGAGCACGCGCCCAUGCACCCGUACCUGGUGAACCAGACGCUGCGCGAAAAGGACCGCGACGGCGACGGCAGGAUCGACUUCAACGAGUACGUCGGCGACAGGGGUGAGUCGAGAGAAAUUAACUGUUGGACUUUUGUGAACGAGUGGCGUUGUUUGAUGACCUCCGUGGCCGAGCGGUAUCUACCAAAGCAACCAGCAGAAGUACUUACAAUGAGUAUGUAGAAUUCAAUUUACCGCAGUGUAAUAAUCUUUCAUCAUCAUCAGCCGAUUAAUGUCCCCACUGCUGGGGCACAGGCCUUCCCUAUGGAUGGAAUAGGGAGAUUGGGCCAUGACCCACCGCGCGGGCCCAGUGCGGAUUGGUGGGUGCUAACGACUGCAGAUGCAGCCGGGACUAACGGCUUAACGUGCCUUCCGAAGCACGGAGGAGCUCGAGAUAGUAAAUUUGGUCACCCAUCCAACGACCGACCACUUUGAAAGUUGCUUAA